AUGAAUAGUGGCGUGCGAGGGGCUCCUCUAGCGGUGAAAUGUAAAUUGUCACGACUGGGAAGAAAAUUGCAGUUUUCCGACGACCCAAGAACUUUGGUAGCGCUCCCAAAGGAUGUUCCUGAAAGAACUUGCCUUAGGGCGGAAAUACUGCAGAAGCAAGAGAAUGACAUGUUGAUCCUCGACAUUCGGGAGGAAAUAUUUGAAGACGCAUUCAAGAUCUGUUACCAGAAAUACAUGGACAAACAGACCGUAUGUUUCACAGUGCAUUGCGCUGCUGAAGCGUGGCUUCAAUUGUUCAACUGGUACUUCUUCCGCCACGACCCAGGCGAAGAUACAAGCGCCUAUCCAAGCUGUUCCAUACCCAAGCGGGCAGAGUCCUGGAUCCCAGACGAGCCUCCAGACCCUUCCCCCAAGGACACCUGGUGUAAGCAGGAGCUGACUGUCCUGGAGCAACCGUUUGAGGAGAGCUUGAAUAAAUGGCCCAGCAGUUCUUCAAUCGAAAUGCCUUUUGUGGAGGAUAUACCGGAAGAAUAUUGGUUUCCUGGUAAAGUGAAUCUUCCAGCAGAAGAGACGGAGUCAUUGGAUAUUGUGACUACCACAUCAUCAUACGACGACUCGGUGUCGAGCAACUUGCGCGCUGAGAGCGAGGUGCUGCAAAACGUCACCGACUACAGCACUUCUGGAGAAGAAUACUCCAGGGAGUCAGUGUGUAGUGCUGUGAAGAACCCGACGCCGGUGAGGAGCUCGCUGCGGGGCACGGGGGACUCGGCUGCGAAGCGCAAGAGCAAGCGCAGGAGCGACAAGAGCAAGGUGUUCACACUCAGCAGAGCGAGUAUGCAGGGGAGGUCCAAGGGCGCGCUGCCGCCGCUACCUGGCGACUCGAGGUCCAGGAUCAGUGUCAUCUCGGACUGUCGACUUCGGAACUUGAGAUUGGAGACGCAGUAUGAGAUAACACGCGAGAAAAUCGAUACUCCACCCGGAGAGCCGGUCAAACGGAAGUGAAGUGACUCCUGGCAGCUUGCACCGAUGACCAACUGAAGAGUGACAGUACCAACGGUUUUGUAAUGCACCCGCAUACAGCUCCUAUAGGGUUAUAAAGAUUAGUCAAAAAUCUUAAUGCUUCUAACAAUCAUUUCAAAUACAUAUUCUACGUUUUGAAGAUUUGGCUUUGAUUGUAGUAGUAGCUGACAGAUGUGUUGUGUGUGAAACUGAAAGUACGAUAAGAAAUAUGAUAAUAAAUUAUCAUUUAUCUGUGAUUGUGAAUGAAUUUGUUGCUGGGCAAGCUCCGUUGCUACUAUAUACAGUGUUUUAACUGCUUUGAUCUGUUGUUAAGACUGACUGGGUGUUUUGUCGUCAUUUUACACUGCGGCGCAUGCGCAUUUUUGUCUGUCUGUCUGUCUGUAUGUUCGCUAUAGAAACAAAAAGUAUUCGACGGAUUUUAACGAAACUUGGUACAAUUGCCCUUCAUACUCCUUUGCAGGUUAUAGUAUCCUUUCAUCACGCUGCGAUCAAUAGUAGCAGAGCAGUGAAGGGAAAUGUUGGGAAAACGGGAGAAGAUAGGUACUCCAUUUUUUAAGCUUCCAUCGCGUGUGCAGCCUAAAUGGUUAGAGUAGGGGUAGGGUAGGGCUAGAGUAGGGGUAGCUGAAAGUUUAGAUCGACUUUCACGCGGACGAAGUCGCGGGCGUCCGCUAGUAAGUAACAUUAGCUAUAUUUAAUCCCCGUACUCCUACAGGAACUACGCGGGUGAAACCGCGGGGUAUCCAUUGGGCCUUUGUGUAGAUAAGUAACCAGCUUCUGUCAGAAGUGUUCUGUCUAACGCUAGUAUAAGUAUAAAUAUAGCAUGGGGUACAUACAUUAUUAUGAUGUCUUCAGAAGUCAUCUCUUGCUCUCUGCUACAGUGCGAGCGCUGGCCGCACCAUCACAUUAUAAUAUCCCACUUUAUGGGUGCUUUGGAUGCGCAUAAUCAUGCAAAUUGCAUCUUUUAUCAUGUUGUAAGUUUUUACGAUUUUUCCAGCUUUCAUAUUUGAGACAAUGGCUUUAUGAACCAGCUUGGUACCCCGUUGAUGCACCAUAAUUUUAUGGAAUUGAAAAUGAUAUUAUGAGGCUUUGGAUGAUGAGUUCGGGUCUAUGAAAUACUGAGAUUUUCUUUUUUUAUGAAAAUAUUUGAAUAUUCUCACCCCGGCGUUACACUUCCAUAAGCCGGAGAGCAUCUUGUGUAGUCCCAGAUUAACUUAUUAUCAUUUAAAAUGUAUUUUAUAUUGAUUUCGUGCAUUCGAUUGUCUAAACACGAAAAACGCGAAAAAAAUUGUUUCAUUGAUUAAUUGAUCCAAACACGAAAAAAAUUGAUUAGAGAGAAACUUGGUGGAUUUUUUAUUCCCUUAUUGGUGGAUUUUCUACUUCCUUAUUGGUUUCAGAGUUUUGUUUUUUGAGCUCCAUAAUGUGUUUCUCUAGUUUGUCUAAUCGAGUGUCUAAACAAACACUCAUAAAGUUAAGUCAGUAUAGUGGGCAGUGGUGUGUAGAUGGUGUAUAACUAGAGUAUGCACUAAAUAUACAAUGUAUUUUUUUUCUUCUAAUUCGGAUUAAUAAUAAUGUUCCAAGGUAGUCACUCUUGCAUCUAUGAAAUGCAUGCCACUUAGCCAGGAUCCGUGGAGAAUUUUAACAAUUGAUUACUGUCAAGUUAAUUUUCCGAAAAUUGUUGAUUAUGGUA